GCAGCAGCGGAGCGGCGGGAGCGGCAGCCGCGAUCCUCGGCCGGCCCCUGCCCCGCGGACGGGCCGCGCGGUCCCCUGCCGCCUCGCGGCCCCCUGCCGCCUGCGCUCGCCCUCGGCCGCCGGCCCCGCUUGCUGCUGCCCGUCGCGGCGCCAGACAUGAGCUUCCCCGUCUGCCCCGCCAUGAGCCAGCUUGCGAUGCGUCGCUUUCACAGAAGAAAUCCCCAUCUCUAGCUGUUAAGGACUUGAGCACAUCAGUUCAAGCCUGUUGCUUUGGGGUCACCAGUAGAGCGAGCCACGCGUGCCUUCCCUUCGCGGCCUGUCUUCACGCCUUUGUCCCGGGGUCGCCGGCUGGCAGAAGGAGCCGUCUCGGCCUGUGUCGGCGCUGUGCUGCUAAAAUUACAAGGAAAAAAUGAUUCCCAAUGGAUAUUUGAUGUUUGAAGAUGAGAAUUUUAUUGAGUCUUCUGUUGCCAAAUUGAAUGCCCUGAGGAAAAGUGGCCAGUUCUGUGAUGUGCGCCUGCAGGUCUGCGGCCACGAGAUGCUGGCCCACAGAGCAGUGCUGGCCUGCUGCAGCCCCUACUUAUUUGAAAUCUUCAACAGCGACAGUGACCCUCACGGAGUUUCUCACGUGAAACUGGAUGAUCUCAAUCCAGAGGCCGUGGAAGUCCUGCUGAACUAUGCGUACACUGCUCAGUUGAAAGCGGAUAAAGAAUUAGUAAAAGAUGUUUAUUCUGCAGCAAAAAAGCUGAAGAUGGACAGAGUGAAGCAGGUUUGUGGUGAUUAUUUGCUGUCUAGAAUGGAUAUAACCAGCUGCAUUUCCUACCGAAACUUUGCAAGUUGUAUGGGAGACUCUCGUUUGUUGAAUAAGGUCGAUGCCUACAUUCAGGAGCAUUUGCUACAAAUUUCAGAAGAGGAGGAGUUUCUUAAACUUCCACGGCUAAAGUUGGAGGUGAUGCUUGAAGAGAAUGCCUGCCUGCCCAGCAACGGCAAGUUAUACACAAAGGUAAUCAACUGGGUGCAGCGUAGCAUCUGGGAGCACGGAGACAGUCUGGAGGAGCUGCUGGAAGAGGUUCAGACCUUGUACUACUCAGCUCAUCACAAGCUGCUUGAUGGGAACCUUCUAGAAGGACAGGCUGAGGUGUUUGGCAGUGAUGAUGACCACAUUCAGUUUGUGCAGAAAAAGCCGCCACGUGAGAAUGGCCACAAGCAGCUCAGUGGCAGCUCCGCCGGGUGUCUGUCCUCUUCCAGCCCUAAGCAUGAGUGGAAAAUCGUUGCUUCGGAGAAGACCUCAAAUAACACUUACUUGUGCCUGGCUGUGCUGGAUGGCAUAUUCUGUGUUAUUUUCCUCCAUGGGCGAAACAGCCCACAGAGUUCACCAACAAGUACUCCAAAACUAAUUAAGAGUUUAAGUUUUGAGAUGCACCCAGAUGAGCUCAUAGAGAAGGCCAUGUCUCCUAUGCAGUAUGCACGCUCUGGCCUGGGGACCGCAGAGAUGAACGGCCGACUCAUAGCUGCAGGUGGCUAUAACAGAGAGGAGUGUCUGCGGACGGUGGAAUGCUACGAUCCGCGGACGGAUCACUGGUCCUUCCUUGCGCCAAUGCGCACCCCGCGAGCUCGGUUUCAGAUGGCUGUGCUGAUGGGCCGGCUGUACGUGGUGGGUGGAUCCAACGGCCACUCUGAUGACCUGAGUUGUGGAGAGAUGUAUGACCCAAACCUAGAUGACUGGACUCCAGUCCCGGAGCUGAGAACAAACCGCUGCAAUGCAGGAGUGUGUGCUCUCAAUGGGAAGUUAUACAUCAUCGGUGGCUCUGACCCUUACGGCCAAAAAGGACUGAAAAACUGCGAUGUGUUUGACCCUGUAACAAAGGUGUGGACAAGCUGUGCUCCUCUCAACAUCCGUAGACACCAGUCUGCAGUCUGUGAGCUUGCUGGUUACUUGUAUAUAAUUGGAGGUGCAGAAUCUUGGAAUUGUCUGAACACAGUAGAACGUUACAAUCCUGAAAAUAACACUUGGAGUUUAAUUGCACCCAUGAACGUGGCAAGGCGGGGAGCUGGAGUAGCAGUUCUUGAUGGAAAGCUGUUUGUAGGUGGUGGCUUUGAUGGUUCUCACGCCAUCAGCUGUGUGGAGAUGUAUGACCCAGCCAGGAACGAGUGGAAGGUGAUGGGGAACAUGACCUCCCCCAGAAGCAACGCCGGCGUCACAACUGUGGGGAACACCAUCUAUGCGGUGGGAGGGUUCGAUGGCAACGAGUUUCUGAAUACUGUGGAAGUCUACAAUCUUGAGGCAAAUGAGUGGAGCCCCUACACAAAGAUUUUCCAAUUCUAACAAGCUUAAGACCCUCUCAAACUAACAGGCUUAGUGAUGUAACUGUGUUUAGUAGAGGCACACUGGUGAAUAUGGAGGGCGGGUGGGAGUGAAGUUGCUAACAGCAACACAGAGCUUUUGCAUAUUGCAUACUAUUAAACAUGCUGUACAUACUUUGUGUUUGGAAAGGAAUGCAAAGAUGACGUUCUGUGUAUUUUUAAGACUCGAGGUUUCUUUGGUGGUUUUUUCCUUGCUGGAAAUGAGUACUGUAACAGAAACUGGAUUGAUUGGGCCCUCGUUUCCCGUCCCCUCUGCACCCCUGUGCCAGCGAAAGUCUACAUCUCCUGGGGGACGGACACAGGGCCUCAGGACACACAGUGGGGCUUCCUCGGCCCUCUGCAGCAACUGGAACACUUGGCAAAAAGUCUUAUUUAAAUGAAUGGUAUUCUUUAAUUAAAAGCUGACUUGCUACCAAAUAUUUACUCCUUUAUUGUUGCUUCGAACCCUUCUCUGUUUUCAGCAGAAGUGUGCAGGUUGAAGCACUGCUGACUGGGCGUUCCCUACGAGCACCCAGAGUUCAGGCUUGGGCAGUGAUUUUUUUUCUUUGAAACUACAGCACUGUUUGAAUGUGGUUGCUGAGCAGUGAAAUAACUGAUAGACGAAACACUGGUUUGAAUACAGCUUGUUCAAGUUCUGCCUUAAGGAGUGAGACGUG